CUUAGGAACGAGACAAACAGAAAAAAGAAGCGGGGAGGGAAAAAAAAGGCGGAAACUUUCCAUGGCGGCCGAGGGUUCCAGCCGGGGCGGCGGCGGCGGCCGGAGAACCUCCUCUCCGGCGACGUCAGGAGAUGGGGGCGCGGCUAAGUUCCUCUCCGGCUUGCCGUCGCGCGGCAAUUUCAUCUCGACCUCCGUCUCUUCCUCCAGUCUGGGACGGCUCAGGGUGUACGUCUGCGAGCAUGACACGGAUCCUCCAGAGGGACAAGUUAUAAAGACAGAUUCAAGAAAUAUUUUGAUCAGACAUCUCCAGCUAAAGAAAAAGGAGAUGGAUGCCAAAGAAGCCAAAGACACCAAAGAUGCAGGUUCUAAGACUCAAGGGGAUACCGUCAAAUGGAAAAGAGUUGCUCCCAGCAGUUUGGAUGGCCAAAGUUCAUCUAAAAGGCCCAACUUGGGUGACUCCUCUGGGCUGUCUGCUGCUGAGGAAGCGACAUCUGGAUUUUCAAGGCAAAUACUACAGUCCUUCACAGUUGAGAGGCUGCGUGGGCUUCUGAGACAGAGGGGCCUCAUGACCAAAGGGAAAAAGGAUGAACUCAUUGCUCGCUUAAGAGAGUCACAGGAUUGAUAUAUUAAUAAGAGAAGCUUGUGUCCCGCUGUUUCUAGGUUGCUGGAUUUCCUGGUCGCAAUGUCAAAGCUUUGCUGGAGCAGAAUGAGCAUCAGCCUUAACCUGUUGGAUAGAUGCCAAGGCUCAAGGAGAUGCAGUCACUUUGGUUGAACCUUGAGGACUUGUGUCUAACCAGAAUUUGAUUUCUUGGUACAAAGUUCCCAAUUCAUUAGUUUGCCAAAAUUUUUUGUCUCGAGUUCCCUAUUUGUUGUUAGGGCUUAUCCGGUGCUUCAGUUGGUAGUGUAACUGGUAGCAAAGUUCCUGACUUCACAAUAGUGCCAUGUGUGACCAGAGCUAAGGAAAGAAAUUUGAAGGUGAGCCCCAACUCAAAAGUGAAUGGCACUAUGGAUCUGUUUGGGGGAGCUUCUCCCAGCUACAGCUUUUCCCAAAAGCCGCUUCUGCCAAAGCUGCCCCAAACGGUUCACACCUUCUGAGAAUCUGUAGUUACAGAUUUUGGAAAAUGAACUAAAAAUCUAGAAGCUGGGUUUAGGAGCUUUUCGAUAUUCUCAAAAUCUGCCUACCAACCAGUUGCUUCUUAGAAUCUAAAGCUUCUCAAACAGACCCAUAGGAACACAGGAACAAGAUUAAACUUGGCAUAUUAUAAUUUGGAAAACCAGAAGGGAAUGUUUUCAAUAUCCAUGAUGCUGGAGAUAUUAUUGUGUUGAGAAGAUAUGUGCUACUUUUGUAUGGCUGGACUGAAAUGGGCGAUGGAAGUGAAAUGUGAAGUCAAAUUAGACCUGGUGUUACGUGCAAACAUUUUUGAGCUAUUCUAAUUAGUGGUGCAACAAUUACAAUUUAGUCAUGUUCCAAUGGGCCAUUUCGUUGAAUGACCCUUUCUUUGUUCUAUGCUUUGUCGUGUGAUCAAUGGAGAUGGUCCAAAGUUAAAUUAAGGUCAUAUGUCAAAUUGUCGUUCUCCCUCCAAUGUUUUGUUGAUUUUAAUUAAUUCGUUUCU